AUGGCGCCGCCGCGGGGCGGCUUGAAGGGUUCCUACAGGCAGAGGAAGAAAGCCAUGGCGCCGGCACCCGCCAGAAAGAAACCCAAGAACGCCCAGCCGCCGCAGCAGGGAGGAGAUGUAGAGGCGGAGCACGGCGCCGACGCCGAGGUAGAGGAGGAGGAGGAGGCGCUGCGGCAGUUCGACAUGGACACGUCCUACGGCCCGUGCAUCGGCAUCACGAGGCUCCGGCGGUGGGAGCGCGCCGCCGCGAUGGGCCUGCGCCCGCCACCGCGCGUCCGCGACCUCGUCCUGCGGCGCCACCGUAACGGCGACGGCCCCUCCUCCUCCCUCCUGCUUCCCAAUAAGAAGAACAGCGACAGCUCGUCCCAGCAGCAGCAGCAGCAGCUCGACGAGUGCAUCUGGGCAGGCAAGGUCUAGCACCUACCAGUAAAGAUCGACCCAGACAGUCUGGGGCAGAUUGAUGUCUAAUCUUUUUACUUCAGUCCAAUCGAAUUUGAGGUCUGCAGCA